AUGCCAGCAGUCAUCCUAGAGGAAGAGAUAGCUAAUAAUUACAACCCGGACGACCAAGAGAUCAUUGAAUAUGCAGAGUUUUUGGGAAUGGAUAUUAACACCGACCAUGAGUUCUUCUACAUUGCCAAGGAAGGUCUUAAAGCUCCUCUACCAAACCCUUGGAAACCAGUCCAAGAUGCGGAGGGAGAACUUUAUUUUUACAAUUUUGAAUCUGGUGAAGUAAUCCAAGAACACCCUUGCGAUGAAUACUAUAAAGAUCUCUAUCAUGAAGAGAAGGCUAAAUAAAGAACAGAGAAUUCACGAGAGGAUGAUUCAAGAAGAGCAGCAAAGACUUGCGGAGGAGGAAGAUAAAAUAAUUCAAGAGAUUCAGCCUACUUAUCAACCAGAAUAUGUCAAUUCACAGGUUUCUCCAGUCAAAAAUUCUCAGAGCAAUGUCAACCAAGAUGUGAUUGAAUUUACCGAAAACUAUAAUGCUUCAGCCAGAGACCAGAUUGAAUUUGAAGAGGAAGAGUCAGAAAUCCCAGACAUCAACGAGUACGAGGAUGAACGGAUCGACAAGCUUAACCAGAUAAUGGAAGAUCUAAAGCAGCAACAAAUAGAAGAGCUGAGCAAAGCAGCAAAGAAAGAGAACAUGGACCGGGUUCGAAAUAAAGUCAAAAAAGAGUACUCUGUAAAGCUCAGACAAGAAAUGCGCAAGCUUCAGUCAAAACUCGAUGCCGAUCUCAAAGAAUGGAGAGAGAAUCUAUCAACAGAGGAUUAUAAGCCGGACCUAAAUGAAGAUCAUCAAGACCUCCUUCAAAUGAUAGAAACAAAGCAUAAAGAGGAAAAGGAAUCACUUGAGGAGAAAUAUGAGAAAUAUAUUGAUGCAGAACAAUUAAAGGCUGAAAAAGAAGCAGACAAUAUCAUUGAUAUGGCUCAAGGCAAAGUUAUGGAUCAGAGUAGUCUUAAAGAUUUCCAGGUGACCGCUCAAGAGAAACAACAAAUUCAUGAGAAAUUUGAAGCAGAAUUUGCUUCCAAGUUAUCUAAAGAAAAAGCAAAUCUGAAAGCUAAGUACUCCAAAAAUACUUCAGAAAAACAGAAAUUAGAAACACAAUUUGCUAGAAAAGAAAAUACAAAGCUAAAAGAAUUAGAGAUAGCUCACCUCAAAGAUUUUCGAAACCUUGAAAAGACUAAUUUCGAUUUGCUGAAGAAGCAGAAGGAUGAAAUAAGUAAAUAGCACAAAACUACAGGAGGAAGCUCAUCAUAAAGAGUUUACAGAGAAGAAAAAUGAGCUUAGCAAUAAAUCACAGAAGAGAUUAGCUGAUUACAAGCUGGAAAUUUCAAGAAAGAUCAAAGCAGAAACUUCCGAAAUAGAAAGGAAGCUUUCCAAGAACCUACAAAGUCAGAGAAAAAUUCAAAGCAGCGGUAACAGAGCCAAAGAUGCACUUAAGGAAUUAAAUAAAAGAAUCCUAGAUUUGGAAAAUGACAAAAUACGUAAGAAAAAGGAAGCCAAGGACACCAAAGAUGAAGUUGUUCAACUCCAGUUCCAGUUAGACUCCAUUAAUACACGAAGUUCACCAGUUAAGGAUACUAAUGUCAGAACCUUAGAGGAAGAAUUGGAUGUAAAGAAGAGAAGGCUUGAAAGACUUAGAGAAAUGAUUCAUCAACAGAAGGCAAAAACCAAGACCAGAGGAAGGUCCAAGAAACGGGCUACAAAAAUUGUAGAGGAAAUAACUGAUGCUAUCGAUAAGAUUUCACCACCAAAUAGACAAGUGGGUGUCAGGUUCUCAGCUAAUGAUAACACUUAUAAAAAUGGGCUACUUGAAGAGCCCAAUAUCCCAAUUAAUCAUAGAAUAGAAGAAAUAUUUGAUUUCACUGCUAAGGAAAGAGAUAAAGUAAUUGCUGAAAAAGAAAAGGUUAAGCUAGAAUAUAAACUAAUUUCCAGUCUAAAGGAUAACUUGUACAAAGAUAAUGUCAGUUUCCGUGAAAAUCUCUCGAUGAACAUUCAAGGGACUCGAAGAGGAUUGCUCGAAAUUCAUUCACAUCUUGAAGACCAGUCCGAUGCUCUUGAGACUGAGAGAAAAGACCUUAACAGUCAGAUUGAGAAGUGUGCUAAAAUGGAAAAAGUUCUGGAGAAAAUCUAUAGCAAGAAGAACAUCAUGAAAGAAAGCACCAGCUGUAAGCUCAGCACAAAUAUUUCAAAGGAAGUGUCUUCAGACUAUGAGCAUUACCUCAGAACUUAUGUCUUGAAAGUGGAUAAGAGUAAAGCUGAGCCUGAUAUUUUCUCAAAGCAAAUAUUUCAAAAAUCUAGAGACUCAAGAAAGAAUAAUUUCAAAACAAUGUAUUCAGGAUAUAAGCAUGAGGCACCUAAAUAUGUGAAUCUUAGUAGAUUAGUGGAUAAAGUGUUUCCAAAAAAUGUGCUUACAAAUAAUUUCUUCUCUUCAAUGCACCCAAAGACUUUAACAAGGGGAUACUCUCAAGGACCAGGCUAUGGGCAGUCGUUCAUAAAAAAGCAAAAGCUAUCAUUUCACUAAAAUCUCAAUUCACCGAGAUUGAAUG